AUGGAAGCACUGAGCACUUGGCCUUCUAAAAAUGAGUCGUGGUUGGUGCCCCAGUUGGAUGUUGGACUGGGUUCAUCGCCUAAUUGCACCACAAGAAAGCUUAGAAGAAAAAGAUUGAUUCUUGCUGCUUCUCUUAGUCAUAUUCGUGUGGGUUUGACGGGUAUCGGGAGUCGAACUUGUUGCUUUAAGUGCCAGAAUUGGGAUUCGAGGAGCAAAUUGUUCUGCAACUACUCCACACGUCUCUUGUGUGACCCAAAGAGAGGGUCUUUAGGUGCAUCCUUUGCGUUGAAUUUGGUAUUGGAGGAACAAGCUACUGGCAAUCAUGUUAGGAAAGAUGAAAAUUCAGCUUCAACUAAAGGAGUUUCAGUAGGAAGUGAUCAUGGGGAUUUCACUUGUGUUGCCUUGGAGGAACAAGCAAGGGGCGUCCGCUUGACUUUUACCGGCGAUGACAUUGCCACUUUCAGUGCCGCAGAUCCUGAAAAAGAACAAGAACUGAAUAGUGAGGAAAGCACUCGUUGGAGCCUACACAAGGCCAGAUCUGUAGACGAUGUGGAUGAAGUUCUUAAGGGCAAGGGUGAACUACCCCUUCAGGUUUAUUCGUCUCUGAUUAGAGCUUUUGGCAAAGAGAAAAGGCUAGACUCUGCAAUGGCUCUUGUUGAGUGGCUCAAGAGAAAAAGUCAAGUCACCAAUGGUGCUAUUCGGCCAAAUCUCUUCAUAUAUAACAGCCUUUUAGGAGCAGUUAAACAGGCUGAAAAGUAUGAUGCUGUUGAGCGAGUCAUGAAUGAUAUGACCAUUGAGGGUGUACAUCCUAACGUCAUCACUUACAAUACCUUAAUGUGUAUCUACAUAGAACAAGGUAGGGAAGUUGAGGCGCUCGCUCUCUUUGAAGAGAUGCCCAAGAAAGGCCUGUCUCCCACUCCAGCAUCUUAUUCCACAGCUUUGUUGGCUUAUCAGAGAUUGGAAGAUGGAUUUGGAGCUGUGAAGUUUUUCGUUGAAGUCAGAGAAAAAUUUCGAAAUGGUGAGAUUGAAAAAGAUGUCAAUGAAGACUGGGAUGAUGAGUUUUCCAAACUUGAGAACUUCACGACUCGAAUUAGCCACCAGGUGAUGCGGCGGUGGCUUAUAAAGAGUGAGAAUUCGGGUACCGACAUAUUGAAACUACUAACAGAAAUGGACAAAGCUGGACUUCAAACAAGUCGUGCAGAACAUGAGCGUCUUGUGUCAUGCACUCAUGAAGAACAUCAUCUUGUGGCAAAAGAAUUGUACAAAAGGAUACGGGAAAGGGAUAUGGAAAUAAGUUUAUCAGUCUGCAACCACAUUAUUUGGUUGAUGGGAAAGGCUAAAAAGUGGUGGGCAGCUCUGGAAAUUUAUGAAGACUUGUUGGACAAGGGGCCAAAACCCAAUAAUAUGUCAUACGAAUUAGUGGUUUCUCAUUUCAAUAUACUCCUCGCAGCAGCUAGGAAAAGGGGGAUUUGGAGAUGGGGUGUAAGGUUGUUGAACAAGAUGGAAGAGAAGGGGCUUAAACCAGGUAGCAGGGAAUGGAAUUCUGUCCUCGUUGCAUGUUCUAAGGCCUCGGAAGCAUCUGCUGCUGUGCAGAUAUUUAAGAGAAUGAUUGAACAAGGUGAAAAACCAACAGUCAUUUCAUAUGGGUCAUUGCUUAGCGCUCUGGAGAAAGGAAAACUCUAUGAGGAGGCCCUUCAGGUCUGGAAACAUAUGGUUAAAGUUGGUGUGACCCCGAACUUGUAUGCCUACACGAUUAUGGCUUCAAUUUAUACUGCCCAAGGUAAAUUUAAUAUCGUUAAUUCCGUCGUCAGGGAAAUGGUUGUGGCUGGGGUUGAGCCAACGGUUGUUACAUUCAAUGCAAUUAUCAGUGGAUGCGCGAGAAAUAACAUGGGAAGUGCAGCUUAUGAAUGGUUUCAACGCAUGAAGGUACAUAGCAUUUCUCCCAACGAGGUUACUUACGAGAUGUUGAUCGAAGCUCUUACAAAUGAUGCUAAACCGAGGCUUGCAUAUGAGUUGUACUUGAGAGCUCAGAAUGAGGGCCUGAGUCUCUCUUCGAAGGCAUACGACGCAAUCAUCCGUUCUUCAAAUCUCUAUGGUGCUACUAUUGAUGUAAGCUCUCUUGGGCAUCGCCCGCUAGAGAAAAAGAAGGUCCAAAUCAGAAGGCAUUUGUCUGAAUUCUGUAGUUCAGCGGAUGUUCGUAGGAGGAGCAAGCCAUUUGAUAGCAAAGAAAUCUACAGUGUUCAUCAUAGGAAGGAAGAUCAUAGCUGAACCUGGUUCCACUUACGUUUCAAUUUCCCGUGGUACUUGGUACAGUUACAGAAAUAACUGGCUUUCAUCUUCCUGUUUGACAAUAAUUAAUGUCUUUCUCUUUUAUGCAUACAAUAUCUUGUUCGGCAUAGAUUUUGGUUCAGUUGCUAUUCCAUGCAGGUUGUAUAGCAUUAGUCUAAGAAAGAAUUACUGCUACACAAUGUGCUGUGAUGCCGUAGACCCUCUGUCUUCAGAGCAUGGUUGAGUGCUGACCCUUAAAAGUUAGUUACACUAGAGAAGGGGGCUCUGUUUUUGGAACCUGGAUUUCAAAUUCGAUCAUUUUAUUAAGGUUGUAAAUUGACUGGAUUAAUUGAACUUUCUUGCACUGUCUACUGAAGUCAGUCGGGCAAUUGCUUGGGCUUCUAAAUUGCUUUAUGAAAGCGUCUUCAUUAAACUUCC